AUGUCCUGUGUGCAAGGAAGUGAGUCUCGCUCCCAGUCAAAAUCUCCAGCUGGGAGUCCUGCUCGUGUAAAAUCGGAGAGCAGGUCAGGAUCUCGCAGUCCAUCGAGGGCUUCCAAGCAUUCUGAAUCGCACUCUAGGUCAAGAUCAAAAUCAAGAUCCAGGUCCAGAAGACAUUCGCACAGACGUUACACUCGUUCCAGAUCCCAUUCCCAUUCUCAUUCUCAUAGGAGACGUUCUCGAAGCAGAUCUUACACGCCAGAAUACCGUCGUCGAAGGAGCCGUAGUCAUUCUCCAAUGUCCAACAGGAGGAGGCACACUGGUAGCAGAGCUAAUCCAGAUCCUAACACAUGUCUUGGAGUGUUUGGUCUCAGUUUGUAUACUACUGAGAGAGAUUUGCGAGAAGUCUUUUCCCGUUAUGGACCUUUGACUGGUGUCAAUGUGGUUUAUGAUCAACGGACUGGACGAUCAAGAGGAUUUGCUUUCGUUUAUUUUGAGAGAAUUGAUGAUUCUAAAGAGGCAAUGGAGCAUGCAAACGGUAUGGAGCUAGAUGGCAGGAGGAUUCGGGUGGAUUACUCCAUCACCAAGAGAGCACAUACACCCACUCCAGGCAUCUACAUGGGCAGGCCAACACACAGUGGAGGAGGUGGUGGUGGUGGAGCAGGUCGUCGCCGUGACUCAUAUUAUGAUAGGGGGUAUGACAGAGGAUAUGACAGAUAUGAAGAAUAUGACUACAGAUACAGGAGACGAUCACCAUCGCCUUACUAUAGUCGAUACCGAUCACGAUCAAGAUCCCGUUCCUAUAGUCCAAGACGCUACUGAAGAUCAGAGGAGUUACAGUUGAGGACAUGAUUUUUAAAUACAAAGUUCAGAUCUUAGCUUCCCUACUGCUUUCCCUCCUGUCCUCCCUUCCUCAUCCUCCAUCCAGCUCUUUUACAAAUCUUUGGUUCAUUUAGAAUAUACAUAUUUUCAGUUGACGUAUUGCUGUUUUCCAUCCCUCCUUAUUGUAAUACUCUUAAAUAUUGUAAUUGUUGUAGUUUUUGUGUAGUAAAACUUCUUAAGCAAAAUGAAAUGGAGAACCCAAAGUGCUGAUACAUUUUGGAAGUCAUUCCUAUUUUGUUUUUAAAACAAUUGGACUCCUGACUAAUCAGAAGAAAGCAUUGAUGUUUGUAAGACUUGCAUGUCAUAUGUAAUAUACACACUCAGAUACUUUAAAAUAAACAUGCAUUUCCAAGUAACUCGUUAAUCUUUCUGUUAAAAUGUUUACCUAUUACUUUGAUAAACAAGUAAUGACUUUGAGCCUUUUCUGUAAUGACAAAUUUACUUAGAUAGUCAUGAACCAGAGGAUCUUUU